AUUUUUUGUUUCGUUUUGUUAUAUUAUUGGUCAGUUGAAUACGUCAGUAGCUCAUGCUAGGUAUUUUAUCCAUACUUACGUGUUUCAUUUGGAAGUAAAUCCUGGAUUGAUGUGCUGAACAAGUGAAGACAACACUGAGGCUUUAACAAAGGGUGAAUGAUGGAAGGCAAAGAACCUGAUGAUGACGGUUGGCGUCAGGGUGGCAUCAUUGGAAAUGGUGGCUUUGGAAUGGUAGAACUCUGGAUCAAUGAGGAGCUUAAUAGGAAAAUAGCACUCAAAAAGUGUCGCCUGCUGACAGAAAUGAAUGAGAAACAUAAAUCGCGUUGGGCCUUAGAGGUUCAGAUAAUGCGACGUCUACAUCAUACCAAUGUUGUUAAAGCAGGAGAAGUGCCAAAGAAAAUGGAUGUGUCACCAGGCGAAAUGCCAGUGCUGGCCAUGGAGUAUUGCUCAGGAGGUGACCUUAGAAAAGUAUUAAAUAAACCAAGGAACUGCUGUGGACUGAGGGAGUGUGACGUGCGAAGCAUUGCACAUGAUAUAGCAUCAGGCCUAGACUAUCUCCAUAGCAACCGCAUUAUACAUAGAGAUCUGAAACCAGAGAAUGUUGUACUGCAGGAGGUUGAUGAUAAGAUAGUGUACAAGCUGAUAGACCUUGGCUAUGCCAAAGAUUUGGAUGCUGGGAGUGUGUGUACAUCAUUUGUAGGAACUUUGCAAUAUUUGGCUCCUGAAUUAUAUGAUGGAUCUGCAUAUACUUGUCGUACAGUUGAUUUCUGGUCAUUUGGUACGAUGUUGUUUGAGUGUGUAUGUGGAUUCAGACCAUUCCUUCCUAACCUCACCCCUGUGCAAUGGCAGCAGAAGGUUAGUCUAAAGCAGCCUGAUGAUAUAUGUGUCAUGUUUGGUCCCAACUCUGAGGUCAUCUACAGCAAGGACUUGCCUAAACCCAACCAACUGUGCAGAAUAACUGAGAUGCAGCUUCAAGAUUGGUUCAAGCUGAUGCUGAUGUGGGACCCUAAACAUAGAGGUGGCCCUAAAGAUGAAAAGAAAAAGAAACAAAAAUGCUUUAUUUUAAUGAAUGAAAUCCUGCAGUAUAAGAUAAUCAAGUGUCUUGAUGUCGCACAAAACAUCCUCUACAACAUUGCCAUUCAGAGUAGAACUACCCUACAGGAGGUACAAGAGAGUUUAGCGGAAAACACUAAGAUACCAGUAUCCCAGCAGAUGUUAUUAUUGGCCAGUGGUCUUUCUCCCGAUCCUAGCCAGCCAGCUACACAAUGUCUCAGUGAUCGGGAUGAAGACUGGAUUGUAUUUCUCUUCAAACGAGAUGAGACAUACUAUCAUAAUCCGAAGAAGCAGUCUUAUCUACCGGAGAAUGUUGCAUUUAUGGCUAAAAAUCCUAGUAUGUUACUGCCCUACCCAACACAGAAAAAAUCCUGGGGAUGUGCUUAUGACUGGUGCAGAGAUCAGGCUAAGGCACACAAUAGGCUCCUUCAAGCACAGAGAGCUACAAUGCUUCACUUGUUGCGGCUGAACACCAGCGCCUUACAGCUAAAGAAUGAGGUCAUCCAAAACAACAAUCGUCUUGCAGUAGAAACAGAGUUUGUUCAACAGAGUCAGGCUAUCGAUAUGGAAGAAUACGAGAAACAGAAAAAUGGUGGUCUCUAUUCUGAAAAGAUGUUUAAAGCUUGGCGUAAGAUGCGUGAUGAAAUAACCACAUUUACAAAACUGAGGGAUAGUGUAACUAAACUGGAAGAGCAAACAACAUCAUUGAAUCAACGUGUAGUUGAGCUUCAGAGAAGUCCAUAUGCUAAAUCCAAACAGAAGGACAGUCUACUAGUCAUGGAUGAAUUAGAAAAAAAGGCAUUACAAUUAUAUGAAGACUUAGUUAAAAAACCAAAGGAUCAGCGAACUAUGAUGUCUGAUAAUUCAAAUAUGGUGAAAAUUUUGUUCCGCUGCCUCAAACAACAAGAGAUCCUAACUAAUGAACUCUAUCAACAUUUAGGGAAACUAGCCAGUUGUAGGUGCGAAAUAUCUGUAUUGAUAUCACCUUUGGAGCAUGCUCUGCUAAACAUAAAGGCAGCUCUUAAUAAACUCUCUCUCCAUCAGCACCAGAGACAACAGGACAUUUGGAAACUAGUUAAAGUGGCGACAAAUCAAGCAAAAAUGACCUCAGUGGGUAAAACAGAAGAGAUAGGACCCCUCAAUGCCCAAGAGUCAGCCAAAUACACUACUAACCCAAGCAUACAGACAGAACCUACAUCAUCUAUACUGGAAAAGAACAAAGAAGAGUCAUUACUCUUGAUAGAUAGGAACCAGUCAACGAGACACAGGUUAACUGAUCUGCUGACAUCGUUUCAAGAUCCUGCUAUGACAUCAAGUAUGCAUUCUGACAUCAAUGACUGGCACUUCUUAGAUGAACACAAUUCUUGAUUGAAACAUGUUUUUGAAAUUAUUCUUAAC